AUGAACAAUCUGCUCGACGAUCCAGCCCGUGUGUUCGACUACGCACGUUUGUACCCUGUUUCCGUAGCAUGCUCGCUUCUAUAUGGGCAUCGUGCAAAGGAUCUCGACUCCUUCUGGUUCAAAGACUUCUACCACAUGAUGGAAAACUGGGGAGAGGUGCUCGAGCCCGGCGCCAAUCCACCAAGCGAGGAGUUUCCAUUGCUCUGGUACACCCCCGGACACUGGAAGAAGCGCAUAUACGAAACCAAACAGCUUCGCUCAAUUCUCUGGAACAAAGCGCGAGAUAUCGUCGACAAGAGAAGGGAGAAGGGCGAAAAGCGUGAUUGUCUGAUUGAUGAAAAGCUGGACGAAAUGGAAAAGCAAGGAAAUUGGCCUUUCCCGAAUUACGCCUUCAACAAUCUGAUGGGUGAGCUUGUAGAGGCGGGUGCUGAUACGACGGCGAACCAGGUUCUCACACUCAUCAUGGCGUUGGCGAAGUAUCCCUGGGUUCAGAAGAAGGCGCAGGCGGAAAUUGAUCGCGUCUGUGGUCCGAAUAAUCCGCCUACUUUUGAUGAUUUCGAUAAAUUGCCGUAUAUAAACUGUAUCGUUAAGGAAGGGCUUCGAUGGCGCCCAACGGCACGCUCGGGUCUACCCCACAGAGUAACAAAAGAUGAUCAUUACAACGGCUUCUUAAUCCCAAAAGGCAGCACCAUCUUCGUCGCCGUUUGGGCUAUGCAUCAAGACGAAAAUCUCUACCCUGACCACAUGAGAUUCAAUCCCGAUCGUUUCCUCAAUCAUCCAAAGCUCGCCAACGAGUACGCUUCCUCGCCAGACUACGACAAUCGAGAUCACUACGGCUACGGAGCCGGCCGCCGUAUCUGUCCCGGCCUGCAUCUGGCCGAACGAAACAUGUGGCGCAUCGUCGCGAAACUCCUGUGGGCAUUCAAUAUUUACGAACCGCUAGAUCCGAAAACAGGGAAGACGGUACCGUUGGAUGAGAAUGCCUAUAACUCGUGUAUUUUGGUUAGUCCGUUGCCGUUCGAGGUACGCGUGGUGCCGCGAAGCGAGGAGGUGCUGCAGGCUGUGAAGAGGGAGAAGGCCGGGGCGCUUGAGUUUUUGUCGCAGUAUGAUGGUUAA